AUGUCCUCCCAGAAUGGCUACAGCAGCAGAGAAAAGGAAUAUCUGGAAGAGCUGCAUAUGGGGAAGAACCUGAUUGUAAGCAUCCCCAGAGACACAGAUUGCCUGAGGCAUAUGAAGGUCCCCUACUUGGAUCAGAAUCACAUACAAGAUAUAUGCAAAGAACUGGGGGAGAUGAAAUCUCCUCUGAGCUUAGAUUUAAGUAACAAUCCCUCUCUUGUAGUUUGCAGCAAGUUGCAGUGCCUUUGUCAGCUCAGGCUUUACAAAACAAACUUGCAUGAAAUUCCAGUGCAGAUCUGUGGAUACCUCUAUCACAUUGAACUGCUUGGCCUUUCUGACAAUCAUCUCAAGUGUCUGCCUAAAGAAAGAGUAAACCAAAAAAAAAUCAAGGAAAUUUACCUCCAGAAAAAUAGAUUUGAAAGUUUUCCCAAGGAGCUUUGUCAUAUUGUUAAUUCAGAAAUAAUAGAUCUAGUACAAAAUAUAAUCCGUGUCAUCCCAGAAGAGGGAGGCUUUUUGACAAACCUAGUUAAGCCAUUUUUAGCUUUUAAUAACUUACCCUCCAUUCCUCCUACACUGCAACACUGCCAGAAGCUUGCUGUGCUGGAUCUGUCUCUUAACCUCCUGUACAAGCUUCCCCCAAGUUUGAAGAAUCUCACCAAAAUGAGACUGCUCAAACUGCUAACAGCCUGGAGAAGUUCCCACACCAGAUCUGCUGCUGGUCAUCCCUUUCCCAUGUUUAUAGUGAUAACUCCCUUGAUGAUAUUCCUAAAUGAAUAUGCACUAUGA